AUAUACAUAAAAAAACAACAAUUUUUAAGACUUUAAACACCGUCUAGGUAAUUACACAAACUACAAGUUAAUUACAUGGAUGAAACGAUUCCUCUUGAUAGUAUUCAGGCUAUAGCUGCAACUUUUGGCGCUUCAUUUUGUGCUGAAAAAAUAAUAGAUACUGUUUUGGAAAAGGAUGGGACUCGGUACUAUAAAGUACGAUGGGUAAAGUACUCUUGGGAACCCACAUCAAGUUUUAUACAUCUUGAGCACCUUAUUAGAGACUUUUGGACUGAAUUUGAACAUCAUAUACCAGAAGUUCAGGAAAAAGUUCAUACAUCAAAUGAGAUUCUUAAUGUUCAAUCAAAAGUUGUUAAUGAACAGGAAUUAAUUCCGCAGUUUGAUGGUGAAAAGCAUAAAGACGAACUCAAUACACUCCUUUCUACAUUUGAUGCUCCACAAGAAGAUAUUUCACAUAUAAACAAUGUUGAUUCUACUGUGUCUCAUUCUUUUACACAAUUGGCAUCUUUAAACAAAGUACAAUCAUCAUUAGAAAUAUCUGAUCAUAUCAUCCAUCAAAUUGUUUCACAAGACUCAACUCAUUUUCAUGAAAAGCAAAGAAAUCGUAGUGAUGAUGAUAACAAUAGUGAAUUUAAAAAACGACGCAAAAUACCUGGAAAUUGUCCAAUUUGUGGAAAACAUUUCAAGUCAACAACAAAUAUUGCUGCCCAUAAAAAACUUCAUACUGAAGAACGUCAGUUUAACUGUUCUGAAUGUGGAAAGAAGUUCCGACGCAAAUUACAUUUACGUCGCCACUUAGAGUCUCAUGCUGGUGUAAAAAGCUUUAUAUGUGAAGUUUGUGGAAGUGCUUUUACAAGUAAAUGGUAUAUGGAGGCACAUGCUGUCAUUCACACUGGUGAAAAACCUUUUCAGUGUGAUGUUUGCGAAAAGAGAUUUAACAAUAAGGCCAACCUCAAUAAACACCGGCAGAUUCAUGUAAACCAACGUCCAUUUGUUUGUAAUAUUUGCGGCCAGAGUUACCGUCAUAGUUAUGAUUUAAAGCGUCACAUGUCUACGCAUUCAGUAUCAAAAGAUUUUAUUUGUAGUGAAUGUGGAAAAAAAUUUGCUCGGAAAACGUAUCUUCAACGACACUUAUUGACUCAUGGAAAUGAGAAAAAGUAUUGCUGCACUCUUUGUGAUCAAAAGUUCUUGAACAAGUCUCAUCUUAACAUCCAUUUAAAACAACAUUCUGAAUCCAUCCAACAUCCUGAAUCCAUUCAACAUCCUGAAUUUCCUUUUCAUAAUUCAGUACGCAGCAUAACAAAGACAAGUGUUACAGGCGAAAGUUUAAGGGCUUCGAAUUUCACAAAAUCUAGUGUAAAAGAUGAACAAGAAAUUCAGUAUGAUUUUGCCACAGAUAUUUCUGAUACACAACAGAGUAUAAAUCCUGAUCCAGCAAUUUCAACGGAUAGUUUUACGCAACACAUUAACAGUUAUCCCGAAAAAUCCAGUGAUCCAAUAUCUGAUCAACAAAGUUUGUGUGAUUUUAAUACUUGGCACAGCAUUUAAUGUUAUGGUGUUUGCUUCACCUUAUUUGAAUAGCACAAAUUUUAUUGUAAAAGACCUUUUUAUAAGUUAUUUAUAAAACUA